UAGUAAAUAAACGCAUUGCGCAAACUCACAAACAACGAGAUAUUUUGACAGUCAAAACAAUCUGAACUUCACGUUUCAUCAAGUCACCACGACCGAACUGUAAAUUGACAAUCGAUUUAUUUGAUCGAAAAGAUGGCCCUAAUGUUAGCCACCCGUUUGUGCAGAGCGCCAGUUCUGAAGAACGUCGCCAGCCGUCCUCUGCAAUAUGCUCACAUGCAAAGAACCUACGCCGACAGUGGCAGAGAUGCCCUUCGAAGGGCUGCCAAAAGGACUACCCUUAAGGAAAGAGCCAUGGCCCCAGCUGGAGACACAGCUUUUAAUAUUGGAAGAGGAGCUUUGGCUGGAGGAUCGAUAUUAGGAAUUGGAGCACUGUGUUUCUAUGGUCUGGGGCUAGGAAAAGGAGUUGGAGCACUUGAAAAACAUCAUCUAUGGCCAGAGUUUGUUAAAGAGCGCAUUAAGACAACUUACUUGUACUUUGGAUCCUCUCUGGCUAUAACAGCAGCCAGUGCAAUGGCAGCAGCUAGAUCUCCCGCCGUCAUGAAUAUUGUAAUGAGAAAUGGAUGGAUGGGUAUGGCGAUUAGUUUGGCUGCAAUUUGGGGUACAGGAAUGUUGGCUCAGGGAAUUGAGUACAAAGAAGGAUUCGGACCUAAACAACUUGCGUGGAUAUUGCAUACUGCCACAAUGGGUGCUAUGCUCGCCCCCUUGUGUUUCUUGGGUGGUCCGAUUUUGACCAAAGCUGCUUGGUAUACUGCUGGAGUGAUUGGAGGCCUGAGCACAAUUGCUGUGUGUGCACCAAGUGAGAAAUUCCUGUACAUGGGAGGACCAUUGGCAAUGGGUCUUGGCGUAGUUUUCGUAUCGUCAAUCGGUACCAUGUUCUUCCCAGCAAGUUCAGCUUUUGGAGCUGGUCUGUAUUCUAUUUCACUGUACGGCGGUCUGUUGCUGUUUUCCGGAUUUCUCUUGUAUGACACUCAAAGAAUUAUCGCCCAAGCUGAAAGAUAUCCCACAUCGCCUGGUCUCUAUGGAGUCAAACCUUAUGAUCCGAUUAAUGCGUCUAUAAGCAUCUACUUGGAUACUUUGAACAUCUUCAUCAGAAUUGCAACCAUCUUGGCUGGAGGAGGCGGUCAAAAUAAACGCUAAAAGUCUCUCGCUAAAUUAUAUUUGAAUGAAUGAAUGCUAUUUUUCAAAUAAAAGUUUCAGUUUGGCUUGA